GUGCCGCAUGGUUCCCGGUUGGGGAAUACUCGCUAAGAUAUCCGGGCACUCUCGCCAAUACCUUGUCACUCGCCUCACAGUUCCAAAAUCAUCAAAGACAACUGAAGAGAGAACUGAGCAAUGCCGCAGAGUGAGCCACACAUCCAAACCUCAAACAAGGGUUGUGCCUGGGUGCCCGAAUGAAGACGCACUUUGAGGAACAGAAGCCUUACAGGAAGGAAAACGCUGUGCGCCUGAAAUGGGAAUUUGAGUACAGUUUUGAAAAAUUUAAACCGAGCGAAUACGGGAGGCUCUCGCCGUCUCUGGACGAUGGUUUUGCACAAGCCGGCGCAGUCACUCGACCGCGGUGGCUGAGGUACCACCUCAGGAGGACACGUCACACACUUUAACACCUCACCCUUGCGCUUUCCCGGCUCCUUCUCCUGCCCCGUUCCCGGCGGGAACAAAGGGCGACAAGCGCCCGCCCCCGGAAGGCACGGGAGAGGAAGGGGGGAAGGCUCGGCUCGGCUCGGCUCGGCUCGGCUCGGCUCGCUGGGUGUGCGGCGGUGUGCAGCCUUGGUCCACGGCGAUGUCGGGCUCGGAGCGGCGACCGCCGGCGGGCCAUGUCCAGCUGGAUAGCAGACCUACAUUACCCACCACAGAUGGAAACGAGAACAUCACAGAAGUGGAUGCACUCAAUAUAAGCAGACAGUCACUUGAUCCUGCAAUGGAAUAUAAAAUGAACCAUCAAAGAAGAGGAGUUGCAUUAAUCUUCAAUCAUGAGCACUUUUUUUGGCGUUUAACACUGCCAGACAGACGUGGGACUAUGGCGGACAGAAACAAUCUGAAACGCAGUUUGACAGACCUUGGGUUUGAAGUCAAAAUUUUUGAUGAUCUGAAAGCAGAAGAUGUGCUGCAGAAAAUUGAUGAAGCCUCUAGGGAUGACUACAGCAAUGCUGACUGCUUUUUGUGUGUGUUCCUGAGUCACGGUGAGGAUGAUCACAUAUAUGCAUAUGAUGGCAAAAUCAAAAUUCAGAGAAUCACAGACAUGUUCAGAGGAGACAAGUGUCAGAGUUUGGUAGGAAAACCAAAGAUAUUUAUCUUUCAGGCCUGUCGAGGUGAUAAACAUGAUGAUCCAGUCAUUGCCCACGAUUCAACAGACAACAGCAGUGACUCCCUUGUCAAUGAGACUGAAGUGGACGCAGCUGGUGUCUACACUCUGCCUGCUGGUGCUGACUUUAUCAUGUGCUACUCUGUGGCGCAAGGCUACUAUUCUCAUCGUGACACUCUAAAUGGCUCCUGGUACAUCCAAGAUUUGUGUGAGACACUUAGGAAGCAUGGAUCUUCCGUGGAGUUCACAGAACUUCUUACUGUUGUUAAUAGGAAAGUAUCAUAUCGCAGAGUGGAUGUGUGCAGAGACAUUAAUGCUAUAGGGAAAAAACAGAUUCCUUGUUUUGCCUCAAUGUUAACUAAAAAAUUGUAUUUUCAUCCAAAAUCUAAGUAGAUUAUUUAGCAGUAAUGACCAUUACUAUUACUUGCUGCAGAAGUAAAGAAUACUAUCUUAGUUGUGGAGACUUAACAUUCUACAAGAUUGUCUGCCAAAUCACUGGGAUCAAACAUUAGUUUGUAUACCUAAGAGUUUCUAAAAUCUUAAAGCACUUUUUAAUCUAAAAUCUUGAAGAUAGAAUUACAUCAGAGAAUUCAUCUCAGGGAAUUUGGGAAAAGUUUACUGGAAAAGUUUACUAUUAGAAGGUGCUCUGAUUUUAUUGAAAUUGAUGCUCCAGACCACUUUUAUCUUAAAACCUUCUUGCUCGAUUGCCAUCUAAUUAUGGCAUAUCUUACUAUUUCCAAAACAUUUCUAAUGUUCCAUUAGAACAUUAGAAAUUUCUAACAUUAGUUAAUCUAAUGUUCCAUUAGAUUAACUUGUCUUGCUCCAAGAGCACAGUUUACAAGGAAUAUGUUUAUAGAGCAUCUUUUUAAAUUCAUGGACGGCAGAAUCCACAACUUUUGUAGCUCUACUGGGCUUUUUAGAUGUUUUUUUUUUCCUUGCAACACUAAAAAGGAACUUAAUUCCUUGAGUACAAUUGUAGCAUUAAUAGAGGAUUAAUCAAAUAGGGUUGAUUAAUAAUGAGUUUCCUUUUGCUUGAAUGUAAUUUAUGCUUGGGGCACAAUUACAGCUUGCUGGUGCUAUGCAUCCUCAGGGGAAAAACCGCAGUAGUGAGACGAGACCAUGUGCAGCUUGCUCAGGGUGAGCUUGCCUCGUCUGUAUCUCUAAAGCUAAAGCUGCUGGACAUCUCUAGGCAGCUCUACAAAAUAUAAACAUAUGCAAACCUCAUACCUGAGGCCUUCGAGUUGGAUUAGGCCUCCUCUUGGCCUUGGAGAAGAUCAGCCAUACCUCUGUCAUUGACUACUUAAAGGGGAUGGUGCAUGGUCACCACAGGAUUGCUACUGCUGCAGCAAUCAAUAAUUACAGUGGUGCUGAUUUGAAGCAAAUAUUCAUUUUCUUUUGUUGUUGUUGUUGUUUUUGUUUUUGCGGUUUUUUUUUUACCUUAUUAAUUGUUCUUCUGAGGGACAACAGAGAACUCAAACUGAGCAAAGUGUCUUAAUCCACUUUCCUGGGGAAAAAAUAAUUGGUUUACUGGCUCUGUUUUAGUUAGUCUUUCCAUAUCUAUGUUCUGAAUCAUAAAUGUUGUAUCUUACUACACCUACUUUUAAACUUUGUAUAAAGCAUGUAUUAGGUUUCAACGCUUUGAUAAAUUCUUUCAAUAAAAUGCAACUGUGAAGCAUAAAUGA